AUGAAGGAGUGUUUCUCCCCCUACACACUGAACAUUGUUUUUUCUAUCUCAAUAGUUUUUUUUCCAGUUUUCUCUUUCUCUCUCUCGUCCAAUUCCCGACCUCAUUCUUACCUAUUCAGUAGUUCUCCUUUGCAGCCACACGGGUUGGCCAGUGUACUUGGAAUCUUUAUGCAGGUUGAAACUUCCUCCCUUCGAGGAUGGACGCUUAUCUCACAGAUAAAAAACACCUGGAACUUAUACGCCAUGAUGUGCCUUUUCUUCUUUCACUCCUUCAUAAUUUUCUUAAUUUCUGCCUUUCCUCUAUUUUUCCUUCCAUCUUUUCCCCCCAUUUUGUCUGUUUUUGUUCUUUCUUUGUUUUACUAUGUAUUUUCUUCUUUUCUUUCAUUUCUUCCUAUAUUUUUUAUUCCCUUUCUUCACCCAAUUUUUCUCCUUUCUUUCGGAGAUAUUUUCCUUCUUUCUCUAUUUAAUUUCUUUCAAUUUUCACUUUUUCCCAACUUUCGUCACUUGUUUGCUUUCCCGAUUAUUUUAUUUUCAUCCAUUUCUUUCUCCAUGUCUUAUUCUUUAAAUUCACCUUUUUCUUUUUUUUUUCAUUCCAUAUUUUCCAUCAUUUUCUCCUUCUUAAUUACUUAUUUCCAUAUUUUUUCCCAUUUUAUCUACAUUCCUAUCGUUCUUUCUUUUUUCCUUCUAUUUAUUUUCAUCCUUUCCUUCAUUUAUUUUUUCUUCUUCUUCCUUGCAUUUCUUAAAUACUCUCCUUCUUUUUCUCAUUAA